AUGUCCAUGGCGUACCCCGAGUUCGCCGCUUUCAUGGCCGACGUCGACCACGCCUUCACCACGUGGGACAAGGAGUACAAAGCCUUCGUGGCCUUCUUCGCGGAGCACUGCAAGCGCCGCAGCACCGCUAGGUCGGGCGUUCUCGGGAGCAGUUCCGGGGCCUCCCUCCUAGAGGCGCUGCGCUGGGAGCACCCCCCGCUCAGGCAGAGACUGGGGGAGGUGUCUGGGUUCCGGAAGCAGCACGAGAACCUGCGCGGCGUUCUGCAGACCGUUCUCAGCGACGACGAUCGUUCGGCCGUGUCGGAGGUGGACGAAGCCUACGCCCGGUUGCCGGGCUCAGACGUGCUCGACCUUGGGGCGGAAGGUGCCAGGAGAUGGGCGGAGGCGAGGGAGGCCUACGACAGGAGGGUGGACGGGCUGGAAGCCAGGGUGUCGGCUCUGCUGGAGGGAAGGCUUAGGGCAGCCCGAACGGCGGAGGAGAUGUUCCGCGUUUUCGCUAAAUUUAACCCGCUCUUCGUGCGGCCAAGGAUUCGGGCGUCCAUCGCCCAGUUCCAGCAGGAACUGAUUGGGCACGUGAGGGAAGCCGUGUCAGCGAUUCAGGACAAGUUCAGGCAUCGAUACGAGGUUUCAGAGGCGAAGGCGUUGGCGACCCUGAGGGACAUCCCCCCCGUAGCCGGGAAGAUCCUGUGGGCGAGGCAGAUGGAGAGGCAGCUGCGGCUGUUGAGCACGCGGCUGUCGGACGUCCUCGGGGAGGGGUGGGAGAACCACGUAGACGGGCGUCCUCUCAAGGCCGUCUGCGACGAGCUGCUCAGGAACCUCGACACUCAGAGGGUGUACCGCCAGUGGAUUGACGAGUGGUCGUCUCACAGCGAAGAUGUCGUGCACGAUCGCCUUCUACUCAAGGUGGUGCAAGACCGGAAGGGGCACCCAACCCUCGCCAUCAACUUCGACGACAAGACUACUCAGCUCUUCAAGGAGGUGCGCCACCUCCAGUUCCUCGGGCUUUUGGUGACGGAGGGGGACAGCGCAGGUGGUGGCGUUUCUAGGAUCCAGAGGAUGGCCGCCAAAGCGCAGGAGCGUUACCCUACCGCCGUCGCCUUAGGAGGCAUCCUCCGGACGUACUCCAAGACCAGGCAAGACGCGAAGGGGGGCGAGAGAAAGACCGAUGCCGAUCUUGUUUUUGCGUUAAACGUUCCAGUGUCUGCCCCGAGGCAAGUCCUGACGCCCACGAUCAAAUCCAAAGCGGGGUGGAUGCCCUUGAACCGGCAACCAUAUCGGUACCUGUCAAACUCUACUGGUAUUCCUCAAAACCUAUCCAUGUGGGGAUGCACCUUUCUGCUGAACGCGUCGCCCUCGUGCCACAGGGCGAGCUUAACCCCGGAAACGGAGCGGCUUCUGGUGGCCCCCCUCAAGGUGGUGAUGGAACACAUCUCGGAGGCUUUCAGUCAGCCCCGCAAGGCCAGGUCCGGCACCGGGCGUGCGAGCACGGAACGCAUGGAGUGGGGCAAGAAGAGCCUCGGGGGCUGGGUGGCAUCCCUCGCCGAGAAGGUGUUCACUCUCCAGGAGAAGGCUCAAGAUGUGUCGACGCUGGUGGUCACCGCCGCCGAGAGACUGACCGCUCUCGACAAGUGCCCCUUCGAGGCCAACAGCAUGGGGAGCGCGCUGGCAUCGCUACAGGCGAGAGACGUGGCGGGCGUGCCCGACGACGGGGAGGUGGUCGAUGACAUGUCUCUCGCCGGCUGCAGCAACCUCAACUCGUGGGUAAGGGGCCUGGACGAGAAGGUGGAAAGCGUGCUGGCGAAAAGGCUUGAGAAGGCGGUGAAUUUAUGGGUGCAAGCGUUCGCCUUCGACGCCUCCAGCGAGGACGAGGAUGGCGUUGAUGGUGAUCGAGACGGCUUUCUUUCGGAGGGGGACGGGGAUGCUUCUGAGCACGCGGCGGCUCUGCAGAUGGAGUGCACGGUCCACGAGGUUCUCCUCAAGAAUCAAGUGCUCUACCUCUCGCCCCCGCUGGAGCAUGCCCGCGCAGCCUGGAUCCACCAGUUCCACGCCUACCUUCACACCGUGGCGGGCCUCCCGAGGCUACGCAGCAAGAGCUUUGCGGUGCUCGGGGCGGGAGAGGGAAGCUCCGAUUACCAGAGGGUGGUGAAGGCGCUACCGCGAGACACCCUCAAGAGGGCAUACCAAGAGAUUGAAACCCGUCUUGCCGAGGUGAGCGACUACGUGUCGGCGUGGCUGCAGUACCAGAGCCUCUGGGACAUGCCGGUGUCGGCUGUGAGGACACGCCUUGGCAACGACGUGAGCCUGUGGUGCCAGAUGCUGACCGAGGCGAAGGCCGCGAGGGCGGUGGUGGAGAGCUCCAGCCGGGAGAAGGCCUUCGGUCCGGUCAUCGUGGACUACUCCAGCGUGCAGGCCAAGGUGAACCUGAAGUACGAUGCGUGGCAGAAGGAGCUUCAGGGGAGCUUUGCAACCAUCCUGGCGGAGGAAACCCGGCAGGCCCAGCAUGUGCUGUCCGAGGCGAAGACGCGUCUGGAAGGCUCUAUGCUCGAGGGCAGCACCGAUGACGUAGUCAAGGGGGUGACCUAUAUCCAGGAGAUGAGGCAGCGGCAGAAGGCUCUCGGCAAGCAGACCGAGGCGCUGUGCCUGGGUGAGAGGCUGCUGGCGCGACAGAGGUACCCCUUCGGCGAGGGAUGGCCGCAGACCUCCAUGGUCGAGGCGGCCUACGCCGACUUCGAGACCAUCCUCGGGCGCAGAGGCCGGGCGAUGGAAGAGCGCAUUCCCCUGCUACGCGGGAAGGUGGGGUCCGAGGCGAAGGGCAUGGAGGAAAGGCUUAACGUCCUGUCCCAGGAGUGGGAGGCUGGGCGGCCACUGUCCAAGGACCACACGCCUUCCGAGGCGCUGGAGACCCUCGGCCGUUUCGAGACCAUGACCGCCAAGCUAGAGUCCGAAAGCAAGCUCCUGUCGGCGGCCAGAGAUGCCCUGUCCCUCGAACCCAUAGAGCGGGACGUGCUAGGACCCAUGCAGGCCGAGAUCACUGACCUUCGGGAGGUGUGGGACGCCAUGUCGAAGGUGUGGGAGAGCAUCUCUGAGCUGGAGGAGACCCCGUGGUCUACCGCCGUCCCCAGGAAGAUCCGCAAGUCGCUCGACGCCGUUCAGGAAGGGAUGCGCAACCUGCCAAAUAGGGUUCGCCAGUACGAGCCGUUCGAGCACGCACAGAUGACCUUGCGGGCGAGGUCCGAGUCUCUGCCGCUGCUGACCGAACUUCGGUCUGAAGCUCUCAAGGACCGCCACUGGAGGCCUCUGCUUCGGCGUCUCGGCAUCAGGGUGGGCUUCCAGGAGCUCAACCUCGGUCUCCUGUGGGGCUCCGCGCUGAUGGGACAUAAGAAAGGCAUCGGGGAGACGGUGCUGGCCGCGCAGGGCGAGAUGGCUCUCGAGGAGUUCCUACGACAGGUACGGGAAGACUGGCAAGGGCGGGAGCUUGAGCUGGUGUCCUAUCAGGGACGCAUCCAGCUGGUGAAGGGCUGGGACGCCGUCUUCUCCCGGCUGGAGGAGCACCUCAACGGACUGCAGUCGAUGCGGGCAUCACCGCACUUCCACGCUGUUCAGGAGUUCCAAGAAGAGGCAGCUUUGUGGGAAGAGCGCUUGACCAAGCUGAACGCUGUGCUGGACGCGUGGGUGGACGUGCAGAGGAGGUGGCUCUACCUUGAAGGCAUUUUCUUUGCCUCAAGGGACAUCAAGCAGCAGCUUCCGUCAGAGUUCGCGAGGUUCAAGUCCGUGGACGCUGAGUUCGUGCAGCUCAUGAGAAGGGUGGCGCACAAGCCCAACAUCAUGGAGGUGCUAUCGAUGGAGAAUCUCCUGCGGCAGCUCGAGAGGCAAGAGGGUCUCAUGUCUCACAUCCAGAAGGCUCUAGGAGAGUACUUGGAGGGACAGAGACAGGCGUUCAGCCGUUUCUACUUCGUCGGUGACGAGGACCUGCUGGAGAUCGUGGGUAACGCCAACGAGCCUGCAAAAGUCGCCCAGCACCUGGGCAAGAUGUUCGCUUCCGUGGGAGCACUCAACAUGCCAACAGGCGGCGACGACGGAAAGGCGGGAAGCGCGCUGUCCAUGAUUUCAAAGGAUGGCGAGGAGGUCGCGUUCAAGACGCCCGUAAACGUGGCCGACAACGGGGUAAAGGAGUGGCUCAAGGCCCUCGAAACCGAGAUGAGGAGCACCCUGGCCUUGCUCCUGAGGCAGGCGGUGGCGGCCACGGGAGACCUGUCUACGUCCAGGGAGGAUGCUAACACCUUCGUGGGGCUGUGCAACCAGUUCCCGGCGCAGAUCGUGGCCCUCGCGGCCCAAGUGUCCUGGUCGGGCGCCGUCCUGACGGCCCUCAAAGCCGCACAGGCAGGUUCGCCCGGAGGGCUCACGGCCUGCCUGGAGGGCCUUGCGUGGCGGCUCUUGGCCAUGUCGGAAAGCGUUCUGGGAGAGAGCCCGCCUGCUCUUCGGAAGAAGUACGAGCAGCUCAUCACGGAGUUGGUGCGGCAGAGGGACGCCACGAGGAGGCUCAAGGUAAACGACCACAUUCGUUGA